UGUCUCUCCAAGGCCACCGUUCAGUUCCCUUCGUCUUCUCUCUCUACUGUUUUGAAAAACUCUCUCUCUACUUUCUCUCUCUACUGAAAUGAGGCCUGAUAGUAGCUUUAAUAGCACGGCUUCUUCAGCAGUGCAUUCUCCAUGGCACUCACCUGUGCCUUAUUUGUUUGGGGGCCUUGCUGCUAUGCUUGGCCUCAUAGCAUUUGCUCUCUUGAUAUUGGCCUGCUCGUAUUGGAAGCUCUCUGGUUAUUUUGAGAGUGGGGAGUCAGAUUUAGCAGAGAACAAUGGGGAAAAACAGGGAGAACCCAUCAAGGGUUUGCCAGAUUUGGAGGAUAAAAUAGUGGUGAUCAUGGCGGGGGAUCAAAAGCCCACCUUCUUGGCCAAACCCAUCUAUAGCAAGGCCUCUAGUUUCACCGCUGAAAAGCCAAAGCAAGAGGAGCAAAAAACCAGUGAUCAAAACAAGGAUCCAGAUCAAAAUCAGAGCCAGAAUGAACAGCAAAACCAGAGCCAGUGAGAUUUUUGUCUCUCUUUGUUCUGGUUUCAUGGUUUUUUUUUCUUCUUCUUCUUCUUUUGGUGAAACGACUCGGAUUCCAGGUUUUUGCCAUGGCUGGAUACGAGGAAUGGGGGUGAGAUUAUGGUUAUUCAUAACACUGUAAAUCUAUAUUUAUCUCUGUUUUUUCUCACUUUUGUUUUUUUUUUUUCCCCUUUUUUUCUUGCUUUUUUGUUCCGGGAAAUGUAGAAAUUUUUGAGUUGUGAUGAAUGAGAGCUUGGGUUUCUUUCUUCUUC